AUGGGUUCAGCUGCUGAGUUUGGUGCUCUGGUGGAUGCUUGUGGGAUGGCCCAAGUGCCAUCAUCGGGGAGGAAAUUCACCUGGUCUAACAAUAGACGUCGUGGUAAUGUUUCGGCGGUUCUGGACAGAUGUUUUUGUAAUGAAGAAUGGAUUGACUUUUUCCAGGAUUGUGGCCAACGGGUCCUCCCUAGAAUUGCUUCGGAUCAUUCUCCAUUAUUGUUCACCUCAAUUUUAUCUCAACGGCCCGUUAAUUGCCCCUUUAGGUUCCAUAAGUUCUGGAUGGAACAUGGAGAUUUUGAGCAGGUAGUUGCCACAUCAUGGGAAGAGUGGGUCUCAGGGAAUCCGAUAUUUGUUCUCAUGCUGAAACUCAAAAGGCUGAAGGGUGUGCUCCGUAAUUGGGGGAGAGAGGCUUUCCCGAAUUUCAAUAAAGCCCUUGAGGAAGCCAAGGAUAAGCUAGCGCAGGUGCAACAGACUAUUGAAAUAAAUGGCAUGGAUGAUCAUUUGUUUGGACUCAGAAACUCUAUAAGAAGCCUCAAAACUCCUGAUGGGACUUUGGUGGAAGGUAACGACCAGAUAGGGAAUUAUACAGUUCAGUCAUAUGAGCAAUUUUACAAAGCUGUGCCUUUAGUGGAGCAUGAGGAGCUUCUUGAAUCUAUACCUAUGGUUCUUCAUCAAGGUGAUCACUAUGUGCUUGAUGUCUUACCAGGGAAGGAAGAAAUCAAAAGAGCUAGAGACAGAGAGAUAGAAGGAAAGAAGAUGGAUCAGUUCAUGAAGCUGAUGAGGGAUGAACACCGCAUCUUCACCGACAAAGACGACAAUGAGAUGAUGCAGCUGAUCAUGACUACCCACUCUCAGAACUGCCAGAUGGUCGAUGUGGAGCCUCUUCUCGAACUCAUCAAGGACAUCCUCAAGCUCUUCACCACCACCACCACCACCACCACCAAUAUCGCUGUCGUUGGUAAUACCAUGAAAAGCUUGAAGAGGAAGACCUCUGCAGCAACUUUCGAAGCAUUGGUUAAAACCAUACAUGAGAUCUCAUGCGAGAUAUCGUGCAAAUGCACUGGAGAAAAGGACAAUACGAUGUCGGCACUGAUCAAAACCUUGGCGAGCUACUCCUGGGAUGCGAAGGUGCUUCUAGUCCUGGCCGCCUUUGCGGUCACUUACAGGGGGUUCUUCUUGCUGGGGGCGGUGGAUGUGAACAAAUCAAAGCCUUUAGAGAUGCUGAGGAUCCUUGUUGAGGCCAUGGUAACCGUGAUUGAAUGCGUCGUCAAUGUCUGCAAGCUUCCACGCCAGAAGUCCCUCGAUCAAUCGGUUGUUCAUGUUGGUGAGGUGGCCAUUCGGCCUCAUCAUGGAAUUACUGUGAUAACGGUCACAAGAAGGAGAAUUUUUGGGGGCGAUUCCGUUGAUUGGAAAAGAGCCGUUGUUCAACGGAUCUAUUGGCUCUAUAAAAGAGCUGGAAAAUAUAUUAUGUUGAUCAAUAAGUUGGAGCCCCAAAAAUCCUGUGUUAUCUCCGGUUUUGACUCUUCUCUUCUGUCUCCAAAGUACAACAAUGGUAUCAGAGCUAUAGAUUCGAUCGACUCAACAAGCUUGCGUCCCGUCACAAGCGCGUGCGGAUGUGCGAUGUCUGCGAGCAAGCCCCAGCAAGCUUCACUUGCAAAGCCGACGCCGCAGCUCUAUGUGUUACCUGUGACCGUGACAUUCACUCGGCAAACCCACUCGCACCCACUCGCUCGCCGACACGAACGAUCCCCAGUCGUCCCCUUGUACAAACCUGCCACCGCCACCGCCGCCGCCGUCGUCAAGUCUAACGGUGAUGAUUGCUAUGACGAUGACCUCAACGAUGCGGACGGUGACGGAGAAGAAACCGAGGCCGCUUCUUGGCUGUUACCAAAUCCUAACCAAAUAAGCUCAUCGAAGCUCAGGAUUUGA